GCAGCGAAGCCACAUUUCUGCCUUGAGCCUUGAAUAGAAGCCAUUCAUUUCAUUUCGCAUCAAACAAAACCAACCCCACUCCAACCCUUCUGCCCUUCAACCCUUCAACCCCUUCCUUUCUUGUCAAAUCAAAGCUGCCUCUGACAAAAACACAUGUGAUGAACAAAGAAUCACAAUUCAUAAUCACAAGCCUCUUUUGAGCCUUUUGCCUUCCCUUUCCUCUUCUGCGCACUUGCUCUUCGCACCUCUCUGAAUACACUAAACGACAAAACCCACCGAGAUCAUCCUCUCUCUCUCUCUCUCUCUCUCUCUCUCUCUCUCACAUCAGUCGGUCGGUGUUUUUUUUAGUGGCUGAAUUGAAAGCCACCGUUUUAAUAUCAUACUCCACUCGCUUGUCACACGCAGUCCUAAAAUCUCUCUACUAUAAUGGCGUCCAUCUUCACACGCGUCUGUUAAAAAGGGCUCAACCCAGUACAAAACCAAAUGCAUAAACCUUGCUCUCGAAGUAUCCUCUAUUACCAUUACCAUUACUUGCCCACAAAGCGAAAUACAGCCAAGACCCAAACUUUACCUUCCACCUUUGAAAUCCGAGCUCCUAUUUAAACAUUCCCUUCUCUCUGUUUUCUUCUUCCUUGUCUUAAAAUCCCACACAACCAACCCACCUUCCCUGUUUUGGCCUUUUCUUUUCUAUGACUAACAGGUCCGACAGCGGCUCAAUAUCAAACAUAUUCGGGGCAUUCUUUGAAGCCUGGCUGGUUCGCCAAGAACAUUUCUUAGACGAACUUCUCUCGGCCCAACAACGAAUCAAUGAAGCCCGAGACGAAGACCAAAGAGAUUUAGUGUAUCGGGUUCUUCUUCAUUAUCAGCAGUACUAUGACGAAAAAUGGAGGAUUGCCCAGCGCGAUGUUUUCCUAGUGUUUUCUCCCCCGUGGUUCACUUCGUUAGAAAGGUCCCUGCUUUGGAUCGCCGGGUACAAACCGGGUCUCGCAUUCCGGCUCCUGACCGAGUCGGUGCCCGAUUUGAGCGACGGGCAGCGGGUCAGGAUGGCCCGGCUGAUGGAGGAGACCCGGGUGGAGGAGCGCGCGCUCAACGACAAGCUGGCGAAGAUUCACGAGAGCGUGGCUGCGCCGCCGCUGGUGGAUGUGGCGCGGCGGUACGGGAGGUUCGCGAACGGCGAGAUCGUGGAGGAGGACGUGGCGAUCGACGAGUUGAAAUCGGCAUUGGAGUCUGUGCUGGAGAAUUCGAACUUGCUGAGAACGACGAUGGCGACAAAGCUGGUGGAUAUGCUGAGCUCGGCUCAGGCGGUGAGGUUUUUGGCGGCGGUGGGGCAGUUUCAGCUGAAGAUUAGGAGUUUGGGUUUGGAGCGAGACGCCGACAAACAGAGGGAAUUGAAUGGCGGCGGUGGUGGUAGGAGCCCAAUUGGUAAUUGGUAAAAAAAGGAAAGGGAAAGUGUAUCGUUAAUUAGGAAUGGAGUUUGUUAUUUUUGAAGAAAAAGUAAUGGUGGGUUAAUUAGCACAUUGCAAGCUUCGAUGAAAAAUUGUUUAAGGUGAGGCUUAAUGUUGCUUAAUAUUUAGCUAAAUGGAAUAUAAUUAUGGUGAUUUGGAGUUGAAUUAUGUACACUUUGUUUUUUA